GGAGCAUGCAGCGGCGAGCCAAGCACAAGCAGUCGUUGCAAGUCGUGUUUCGUUGUGCUGUACGAAGAGAGAGUGGAGCAGCAAGACAGCAUCCAGGUACAGGCGGAAAGAAGACGUGCUGCACGUCGAAAACAGCACGCCAAUUUUCAAGAACGUGUCCGUGGACUGCGAUGCACCCUCGCAGGUCGGGUUGAGCCCGACACGAGACGUGUCCGCGACAGGUCGCCACCGACCUGAGGCUCCCUGAUCGGCGCCGCCGAUGACAUUCCGUGCGAAAGGUGUCCGAAAGGGUUUGAUCGUUGCGUCAAAAUGAAGGUGACCGUGUGUUUCGGCGUUGUGCGAGUGGUGGUGCCCUGCGGACACGGCGACAUGCUCGUCAGGGACUUGAUGCGCCAGGCCACCCUCAGAUACCGGAAGGCCACCGGAAAGAGCGCGAGUUCUUGGCUGGCGGUCCACAGUCUUCAGUCGCAGUCUGACGGCGGCAUUUUGGACCCUGACGACCGACUGCUGGACGUGGUAGACGACCGCGAGCAGAUAAUCGCCAACUAUGAGGACGAUGAAACGGCACAACACGGCAGACACAUCGCAGGUGCGCCACCGCACGUCGGCGAUCGCGGCGACGGCGCCAGUGCGGGCGGCUCGUCCGUCGGAUCCAGCAGCGCAGGCGGAAACAGCCCUGACAUCUUCAUCUCUCACCUCCACCCGCCGUGUGGCCAGACUGACAUCGAGGUGACGGGAGAGGAGCAAGCGGGACUGACGCCUCUGCAGGUUAGACGAGGCUCCGAGCCUGCGCUGAACCAUUUGCCAGCGACGGCGCCCACCGUAGUGCCGUGCGACGCCACCAAGAGGUGGUCUGCGGCGCCGCUGAUGGACGACGAACCGACGCCAAAGUCGGCCGUGGCUCGAAAGGCGGCCGCGCACCGCAAGGCUGAGCACCGGCAACCGCGGCACCCGCCCUCCGACCCCGGCGGCCAGCCGUGGCCUGAGGAGGACGAGGGUGCGGCCACGCCCGCGCCGCCGUCGCCGUCGUCGUCGGCAUUUUCAAAGUUCGUCCGGGACUCAAACAGACUAUCCAUGCAGUUCCUCAGCGACGGAGGCACCAAGUGGCUGGAGGCGGCUGAGAGGAUCAACGCGGUGCCGUCGGCGCCACGCAAAGAGCCCCUUGGGGCGAACAGCUCCAGCCCGGUUCAAUCUUUCCACCCCUCCGAUGGAGAGGACGAAUUAAUCGAAUACGUUGUUCUACGAAACGAAGAGGGUCCACUUGGCAUUCAUGUGGUUCCCGACUACGACCGACUGGGCCAGGACCGUGGCCUCCUGGUGCAGGGCAUCGAGCCAGGCGGUCGUAUUGACCAGGACGGCCGUCUUGGCUUUUGCGACCGCAUCAUCGAAAUCAACGGCCACAAUCUCCUCAACAUGCCAUUCCAGACUGUGCAAGAGAUCUUCAGGGACUCGCUGAGGAGCCCCGAGCUGAGACUGAGGGUAGUCAAGUACAAACACAACUUGGAGGCGCGUCGGCCGCCUCCACCGGUCUUCCCCAAGCCCAAUGACCUUCACGGCAGGCGAGCCGCCUCCGAGGAUCGCGAGCCGGUCAACAUGGUCGAGGGAGAGGAAAAAGGUCCCCACGUCCACACCAAAGUGGCCACCGUGUCCCCCACGAAAAAAGUGCCCUCAUCUGCUCAUCCAGCUUCUCGAAAUGCCAACAUCUUAAUUACGGCUAACACUAGAAAAAUAGGCAAGAAGCUGGAAAUCGAGCUUGUCAAAGGUCCUUAUGGUCUUGGCUUCAGCAUUACCACCCGAGACAAUCCUGCGGGUGGGAACUGCCCGAUCUACAUAAAAAAUAUUCUACCAAAGGGUGCUGCAAUCGACGAUGGAAGGCUGAAACCUGGUGAUCGUCUGCUGGAGGUCAACGGAGUGGCAAUGACUGGCAAAACCCAGUCAGAAGCAGUCGCCACUCUGAGAAACGCACCUCCAGGCAGCACGGUCUCCCUUGUGGUCUCGCGACAGGAAAAGGGAGACGAAAGUCCCAGGUUACCCAGGGAACUGAGUCGAGCAGGCAACAAGUUUGAAAGGGUCACAUAUAAUGACGACAACUGUCAGCAGCUGAUCCGAUCAGAUGAGCCACCAGAGAAAGCAAAUGAUGACGGAGCUGUCUGCCCAUGGAAACAGAGGGAAAUUCUAACUUUCGACAUUCCAGUGCAUGACACAGAAAAGGCUGGUCUAGGUGUAAGCGUAAAAGGGAAAACCUCAGCAACUAACUCGGGUCCUAUAGACCUGGGAAUCUUUGUGAAGAGCGUGAUCAACGGUGGCGCCGCCUCUAGGGACGGUCGUCUUCGCACAAAUGAUCAGCUUAUCAACAUCAAUGGCGUGUCCUUGAUCGCGUCCAACAAUUCGGACGCCAUGGAGACGUUGCGAAGAAAUAUGCACCAGGAGGGUCCAAAACCAGGUGUAAUAACGCUGACCGUGUCUCGGCGAGUGCCGUCUCUGCUCAAUCUGAACACUUCAACCGAGAGCGGUGCUUCCGGCAGAGAUUCAGUGAACAGUUUGCUCAGCUCCUCGUCCAGUGCCGAAUUCCUGGGAUCGGGCAGAGGAGACGGGGAAGGACCCACUCCAGAGAACUCGUGUGCUAGUGAAACCUCAGAAAAUACUGUAAUUUUCAUGCCAAAAGCAAACGGGGACAUUCCUAGGGACAUGAGACUCGGGGAACCAAAAGUGAUAAAUCCUUUGGACCCCCUGGCAAAUCGAAAUCCAGUCCUGGACCGCCUCACCGGCCAAUCUGGGCUCCGCAAUGAAAGUUACUACAGGGCUACUGCGGACUCGUCAUGGAACGCUAAUUUGACUGCGAUGGGGAACAAAUUCAACAGUCCAACUCUGCACUGUGCCAAUGGAGAGACGGUUUUGAUCGAGGACGAAUACUCAACACACCAUAUUGUCGCUCCAAACCCAAGGAGACCAGAUCGAAUCAGUAUUCCUCCUCCACAUCAGCUAUCUCCAAAUCCGAAGAGUCCUCCAGCGCCGGACACGCCCAGCACACCUGGAGUCCACGGGGACGCCACCUACGCUAGCCAAACUUCCUUGGAAGUUGAUCCUGCGACGUUCUCGAGAGACGCAGUUGGCAGGCAGAGCAUGUCUGAAAAGAGACACGCAUCACUAGAUGCCAAAAACACGGACACCUACCAGAGGCAAAAGAAAGCUAGAGAGGAGCGAGAAAAACAGAAAAACCAGUCUGACUCCUCCGAGGAGCAAGUGAACGGUCACAUUAAUGGUGCUGUAAGAAAUAGGGAUAUUGUGUCUGGAAUGUUCCGUGCAGCCUCUGUGGAGUCCAUCAUAAGCAUGAAUCGAUCUCUGGCUGGCUCAGAGUUGGACACGAAAAAAAUAGAUCUGGGCCCUGGACUGGGCAUGAAAAAGUCUUCCAGCCUUGAGUCUCUGCAAACAAUGGUCCAAGAGAUUCAGAUGCUGGAGGACGGAGAAGUGGCAUACUCAUAUCGGGGCAAUGGCCCUGUCAAGGUCAUCCGAGGCCGAGGCUGCAACGAGAGCUUUAGGGCAGCUGUAGACCGCAGCUACGAAGCCCCCCUCGGGGAAAUGAGGCAACCUAUGGAAACCCCUGUUGCUGCAAUCCCGGCUAGGGAACACGUCUUCCUUCCUCCACUGCCUCCUCCUGCAAAGCCAAGAGAACGCGCCAUAGACGUUUUUUAUCCUUACGCAGUGUCUGAGGAGGAGGCGGAAAUCCAGCCGACGGGCAACUUCGGAAGGGGCAGCGCCAGGCAGUCCUCCCUCAACUCCGCCCUCGACAACAAGUAUGGCAAGAAGGAUGCCAAGAAAAAGGCUGGGCUGUUCAAAGGAAUUGGCUCCAUGUUCAGGUUUGGCAAGCAUCGGAAAGGUGGGGAGAACGCACUGCAGGACAAAUUGACUGAGGAGGCGGAAGAGGCCGACGCCCAGGAGCGCGAAAAGGAGGCGGCGCGGCAGGCUGCUCAAGAAGAGCACCAGCGCAUCAGGGAGCAGUACCAGCGGUUGAUACAGAGACAACAGCAAACGGAGAUGCAGCAACAGCUUGAGCAGAUGCAAAUGCACGAGCAAAAUAUGCCAUCUUCGCGUACUGAGCGGAUCCACCAGCUGAGGGCGCAGCACCAGCGAAAGCACGUCGAGCGCAGAGGACAGUACCCUCUGGACGAGAGGGAGGAACGUUACGAGCAGGCGAUCAGAGAGAUGAAAUCCAAUUUCCACCACAAUGUGCCACAACAGGAGAGGGCAAUGUCAAAUGUGCGUUUAGAAACGCCACCCCAAGAGCCCCAGCCCCCUCCUAUAAUGCAAAACGCGCACCGACGCAACCCCAGCUACGACCUGUACGGAGACCGACCCGGCAGUAGACUCGGCGACCCCACCAGGUACAGCCACUAUGUCAACUACGAAGAAAUACAGCACCAUUUGAGCAAGCGCUCAGAGCAACUUUCCGAGCAGCAGAUCAUUCAGAUGAGGCAGCAAGUGCAGCUGCAGAGGGUCAAGGUCGAGGCGGAGGACGAGAGCCGCAAACAGAUGCACUACCACUCUCAGCGGAGGGAUCCCCGAGAGGUGCCUCAACAAAGGCCUGUGUCUAAUUUCUUUGAGUACGAAAGCGUGAUCCGCGCCGGUCAGCACACCAUGCUACACCCUGUGCAUCAUCACCAACAGCAGCAGCAGCAGCAGCUGCAGCAACAACAUCAACAUCAACAGCAGCAGCAGCAAAUGCAUCCUGCCCACAUGUUCAGGGAUGCAAAUGCUAAUUCCCUUCCCAGAAAGGAUCGACCUGAUCCGAGAACUGAAUUCCAUGUCCCAAAACCAAGAGCGCAAUUCACGAAUAUCCAGCCGCACCAGCAGUAUCCUUCCCCAGACAACAACAACCAUAAACAAAUGCAUUACGCCAAGCACCAUCCGCCCCCGCCCCCUCAGCAACGCUACCCUCCAGACUCUUACGUGCCGGUGCACCGGUCCACCGCUCGGAUGGCCAACGGCUUCUCAAAAUUGCCGCCCGGAUCCAAAGUAUGACCAAAAGCAGUUUGUUACUACCACAAUUGCAACUCUGUGAUGACAAGCAAUGACGAACAUUUCAAGUCCUCCUGUGCCUUCCACGAUGGUCGCUUUUACAAAAUUAAUUAACCUACACAUGUGCCAGUGCAAUAAUUAGAGACGAAUUUACUUUCAAAGCCACAGAGCUUCGUCAAAGCUGCAAUAACUUUGAGAUAAUUACUCUUCAUCUCUUUUUUUCUCUGUCCUAAUGAACCAUGUUGUGUCAUUUUAAUUUUUUUAAUUUGUGCAUCCAAACCCUCGAGACAAUUUAGAUCGUGUAUUCGUGUGUAAAUAAAAUUAUAUUUUAUAUCUCCAGACAAAAA